AUGGCUGAACCCAUUCCCAACAUCCAGACAGUCAAAGACUUUGCGCCCAACAACCCCGCGUUUCUACGCUGCGUAGAUCGUUGCGUACAAGAGAAACGUCCGAGCACAGCCAUCGAUCUCUUGUUGGAUGAUCUGAAAAUGCAAAGUAUGGAGAUAGGUCUCAAGAAAAUGCUUCACAAAGCCUUCUACCAUGCGGUGUUUCCAUACGUGAAACAGGAGAGAGCUUUGAAACCUAACCGUGGCUGGAAACAUAUCAUCGCAGAAAUCGAAGAAGGGACUGGAAUUGGUUUCACUCCAGGUUUUAUGAAGAAGUGUGUCGAAGAAGACACCUCUGUGCAAUUGAUACAUGAAAAGUUGGACGUGUUGCUGGACCACUGGACGAAACACAACCCCAACCAUGCCCCAGCAACCCAAUCGGCUGGCCCCACGAUUUUGCAGAACCAAGCAGAUGUUCAAAAUGCUGCUGCUACUCGUGGUACUCCGAAUACCAUGCCUUCUCAGUAUCCAGCGUGCGGAGACAGUCUGCCCGCUGAGGUGUCUGUGAACGAACCCCUGGUGACAGAUGCGAUGUAUCGCUCUGCACAGCAGACCUUUGCGCCCGAUGCAUGCGAUCAAAACAACACAAACACCACGCCUGGCACCGUCCAAAAAGCCGAGCAGGGCUAUGUGGAUAACGAAGCCACCACACCCGCUCUUUUUCGUUGGUGGGCUGAUGAUGCACAAUCGUGA